UUUUAUACGAAAAUUUCCUAUUUAUAGAGGCUGUGAAGGUGUCACUGAAAAACCAAACCUGUCUUCUCACAACCUUUCCAACACCAAAAAUGAAGAAUAUCAUCUCUUUUGCUCUUCUCCAGAUUGCAUGUUCCUUCACUUUCCUUCCUGUAAGCCAGAAUUCUGCCCUGGAAUUGCAGGGAAAUGGUGGAAACCUGAUUGAAACUACAUGCAAAAAGACACCCUUUUACAAUCUCUGCGUCUCGACUCUUCAAUCAGACCCUCGAGGUUCAAGCGCAGAUGUGGCAGGGCUAGCCCGAAUAGGAGCAGAUAAAGUGAAGGAGAAAGCCACUGCAACGCUGGGACAGAUUACGGGGUUGCUUACAGGAGCCAAAGAUCCCAAGUUGAAGAUGGCCUUGCGUGACUGUGUUGAUUAUUACAACGCUAUUAUUAAGUAUGAUGUUCCAGUGGCUAUUGAAGCAAUCGCCAAGGGCAAUCCAAAGUUUGGUGUCCAGAGUUUAAAUGAUGCAGCUAAUGAAGCUGAUGCUUGUGAAAGGAAAUUCCAAAACCAACCCAAGUUUCCAAUUUCUGAUAGUAACAAGGUUGUGCAUGAUCUUUCUGCUGUGGUUGCAUCCAUUGUUCAAUUAUUACUCUGAGGCUGAUAGAAAUCUCAUGAAAAGCAAUAAAACAAUGAUUUUGUAUUUGGAAUUUAUAGUUUAGUUGGAGAAGGAAGAUCUGAAUUUAAGAAUUUUACUUUGAGAAAUUCAUGAUUGCCAUUGCAAUAGAAUUCUCAAUCAUUUUCUUUUGGGCACUGUAUCUCAAUCAUUAUUUGUGCUCCAAUCAGGCCAAUCCAAAACAGAACCAUAAAAGACAACGAU